AAUAACACCCGGAUGCUUGCGAAAGGCGCCUAACACAAACACAGCUGUCGAUUAUGGACAAAAGUGUCAUGCAGUUAUAGCUGCAACAAAACCUCCUACACGCGUAUAAAUCACUAUAUUUCUGCUUAUACAAACAACCUCAUACCACUUCAAGUACAGUGACACCUUUUCUGAUGUUAUAAUUCGUAAUUUUUGCCAUGCUUUGGGUUAACCACGUCUUGAUAUCCAUUCUGUUGUUGAACAAAGUUCAAGGUGAAGACACUAAAGAGUUUAUUUUCGAAACACAAUCCGGUUACAUUUUAUCUGUUCCAUCGGACAGAAAUGUUAAACACGGGACAGAAUUUGUCGCCAACGAUCUCGAAUGCGCUUUACGGUGUACCAAAGAAAAAUGGUGCAACUCUGCUAACUUUGGCCUUGUCUCUGAGAAACAAAGCAAUGGUCUUCACUUGUGCGAGCUUUUCUCAACCGAUGAAGAGGCCAAUUUAAAAUAUUUAGAGAGGAAUGAGAAGUUCGUUCAUUUGAGCAUCAAGAUACUAAACCCUCCAUGCCAGAAAUUACCUUGUCUGAAUGAAGGCACUUGUAUCAAGGUGUAUGAUAGAGGGGGUUUCGAGUGCAGAUGUAUCAACGGAUUUUCCGGUAGCAUUUGCCAAAAAGCAUGCACCGAACAAGCACUCGGAAUGGAAAGCAGAACAAUACCAGAUUCUUCAAUAACAGCCUCCAGUGCGUGGGGUGGUAAAGAUACAGGAUACAAGGCCAGAUUGAACAAUAAUCCAGGUCACUGGGCACCAUCUUCCAAUCGAGUCGGGGAAUGGCUGCAGGUAGACUUUGGCAGGCUGACACUCGUAACCAAAGUCGCUACACAAGGAAGACCAUUUUUACAGGCGUCGUACAUGACUAGUUACUCGCUGUCUUAUCGACGAGAGGAUGAAAGCUGGAAAAGCUACGUCCAUACAUCUCUUGGUGGAACACUUCCUGGUAACACCAAUUAUUAUGGUACCGUCACCAACACUCUGGAUCCAAAGAUCACCACCAGAUACAUCCUUAUCUAUCCUAAAACAUGGUACCAUGCUAUUACUAUACGGGUGGAAUUCUAUGGAUGUUACCUGUCUUAAAUAUACCACUUCAAUUUGAAGACAGAAGUAAAAUAGUCCCAUAUAAAUAGAGACGUGAAUAUUGUUCAAGGUGUUAAAAAAGGUCUCUAUCAUUGCAAAGUCACCGCCGUUCUCGCUACGAUGCACAGGCACGGUUACCUUUCAAGAUGGCGCUAAUGGCACUGUUAAUGGGACUAUGGAUACCAAUCUGAUAAAUGCUUUAAAAGCGAAGCGUCGUUUUGACAACAUAUUGUAUUCAUCUAUCAUUAAAACCAACUGAAUUGACCUUUAGAACAAACUCAAGGUCAACUAACCUUAUACUCCGUUAUAUUGGUGUUUUUUUUGGAAUUCUUGAUUAUUCAGGGGAUUUGGAUUCAUUUAUUAACUUAUUAACCGACGCGUACGCUUACGUAAGCGGGCAUGAGGCAGGUAUAGGAUACAGUAGUUCGUUACGUACGAUUGAACCGGCUCUUUCUCUAUGUAUCAUGUCCUGAAUUAGGGGUGUUUCUCCUAUACAUGUACACUUAUGUCCGUAUAGUGUAUAUCAUAUCAUGUACAUUCCGUAUAACUGUAUUAUGUGAUGUAC